AUGGAUGUCAAUCACCCUGAUGCGUGGAAUGCAACAUGUCCAUCAAUCGCCGCGGUUGUUGCGACAAUGAAUCCAGCUGCCAAUCGUUAUGCUGCAAGGGUUCGUCCCCAGGAACACCGAAAGGAGAAGAUUCUGAAUUUUGGGACCAUGUGUUUGGAUCUAAUCAACACCUAUGAUCGGCUUAACAAAACCAAGCCAACAAAAAUUCUUAUAUUUCGUGAUGGGGUAAGUGAAGGCCAAUUUGAAAUGGUUCUUAACGAAGAAUUACUUGAUAUAAAGAGGGCUAUAUGCACCGAAGAUUACCACCCAACAAUCACUCUUGUUACUGCCCAGAAGCGACACCAGACUCGACUGUUUCUUGAGAAUGAGAGGGAUGGGGGUGCAUCUGGUAACGUGCCUCCAGGAACAGUUAUAGAUACAACAAUUUGUCAUCCUUUUCAAUUUGAUUUCUAUCUUUGCAGCUGUUAUGGAACCCUCGGGACAAGCAAGCCGACGCACUACUGUGUCCUCUGGGAUGAGCACAAAUUUACGUCUGACCAAUUACAGAAGCUCACAUAUCACUUGUGCUUCACCUUUGCACGAUGCACCAAGCCUGUCUCGCUUGUCCCUCCAGUUUACUAUGCUGACCUUGUUGCGUUCAGGGGACGUGAAUAUCAAGAGGUGGCAGUGGAGUUGCAGUCUCAUGCUUCAGCCGCAUCUUCAUCCUCUGGUUCACCAUCAUCAUCUUCGACUUCAGCUGCUUCAUUUGAUGAGAGGUUCUACAAACUUCACCCAGACCUCGAGAACGAGAUGUUUUUCAUUUGAGCGGCCAAACAUGGUCGUCUAAAUUUCCUUCACCGUUGAGCUAUUC